CGAGCUGACACACGCGAAGAGCAACACCUCCCGCAGAGCUCUGGACCAGAACCUUCCAGCACAAACUGCUGAUAUGGACGCCUUAUUCGCCGACAUCGACAGCAACAGCUGCGACUUCUUCCCGCACUCGGAGGAGGACGAGGACUCGUGCGGGAGCCCGCGCGCCUCCUCGCCCGACUCCUGCGCGCCCCCGCCGGCGCAGCAGCAGAAGAAGAGGCGCCGUGGCCGCGCACGCAACGAGGUGACCGUGCAGGUGGUGAAGAAGACGCGGCGGCUGAAGGCCAACGACCGGGAGCGGAACCGCAUGCACAACCUGAACGACGCGCUGGACGCGCUCCGCCGAGUUCUUCCCGCCUUCCCGGACGAGACCAAGCUCACCAAGAUCGAGACUCUGCGCUUCGCCCACAACUACAUCUGGGCUCUGUCCGAGACCAUCCGCAUCGCGGACCUGCAGGCGGGGAGGUCCAUCAGAGACACGCGGAGCCCCGCCGACAUCUGCGAGGCUCCGAGUCCCAGCGGAUCCUGGAGCUCCAGCUCCGGCUCCUCCUGCGCCUCCAGCCCCGGCAGCCCCGCCACGCUCGACCGCUUCAGCUUGACGCAGCCGGACGCGCUGCUCGGUUUCUGCAGCUUCGUGCCCAACAUUUACUGAGCAGAGUGACCGUAGACAUUCUCGACGAGGAGGAACCGCUGGAUUAAACGGAACCCAGUUUUGCCUUAUUGACUGAACUUAAUUUAAUGAUCUACUUUCUAGCCUUGUUUGUCGUUUAUUUGCUCUGUAAACAUGUUGCACUUUCCGCGCCAAUUCAGUUUCUCAGCCUCGACGUGUCAAAGGUGAAAAGUCAAUUUUACAAUUUGUUGUGUGAUGAAAAACAAAACAGAGCGUGAAAAUCGAGUUUCAAGGGGCCAACAAAAGAAUAGGCUCCCCAAAAGACCCCCCCUCCCCUCCCCUCCAGGCCCCCACACAGAGCCAGCCCUUGUUA